AUGUCCGAUUUACCUUAUUCACCGCUCCUUCCAAAUGAUCCAAAUUUUUGGGCUUGGUUAGAUGCACUUCUUCUUGAAAUUCUUAUGCAACAUCAGGCUGUUCCAUUAUCUAGGCAAGCCUUGAAUCAUUUGUCUGCCUUAAACAAUUAUUAUAAUGGUUUCACUGAUAUUCAAGUUAAGAUAUAUGGGGCUCUUGCUCAGGCUCAUGAAUUAUCUGGAAAUUGGCUCGAGGCCAUUAAUGCACAUCGUAAUAUUUUAGCCUUAAGACCUGAUAACAUUGAUGCUAUGGUGGGUUUGGCAAAAUGUUACAACAAGAACGGUGAUAAAACUCAAUUCCUAAGUACUUCUUACGACGUUAUUCGUACUAAACCAACAAACUGGGAAUUCGCAAAUUAUUUGACCGAUGCUCUCACUAAUGACCCUUCCCUUUUUCAAGAAGUUUUGGAUGUUUUAAAUCACGUUUUACAACAUUCUCCAAAUGCUCCUAUAAAGAUGUUAGAUGUGGGUUUUAUACAGUCUCUUUUUUAUCGUCGUGCUCAACUAAAAAAGCGGAAUAAUGAUUACUUUGGGGCACUCAUAGAUUGUUUCUCGGUUUUGGAAAUAGCUUUGAAUGGAAAACCCUUAAAAUCAUUUUUAGAUGAUAUAAUUUUAUGUCUUGGAUUUAGCAAUUAUGAUCCUAAUCAAGUUCCAUUUAUCAUCUUACCUGUUAAUGAUUCUUUAAGAUUACUUGAUUUAUUAUUUCCAACAACAAAUGGACUAUUUCCUGGUCAUUUGGGUUUAUCUUCCCAAUCCGAUAUACGAUUGGCGAAAAAACAGGUCUUUGGUAUUCUUUAUGAGAUAAGCUCUGCUUUUGAAUCUCAUCCAAAAGAAUGUCAAUAUUUUUUAAAUGAUGUAGCCCCUCUUAGUUCAAUAUCUUUAUUAUUUCUAUAUUUGGCUUGCGCUUGUUAUCCUUCUGCUCAAAUUUUCUUUGAAAUCGCCGCUAUGCUGAACAAAAUUUCUGGUGUUACUGCUUGUCGUCAGGCUGCCAUUGGUUACCUUGGUGAAGGUAUUCAAUUGGAUCCUAAAAAUGUUGAUGCUUACAUUAAUUUAGCUGAUUGUUUAUAUAAUGAUGGAAAUAUUACUGGAAUGACUGAAGUAUAUGAAAAACUAUUAUCUUUUCACAUGAUUUCUGAUGAAAACCAUUUGAUUAGAUUCGCCUUUGGAUGUUGUUAUAUAGGUGAUAUUGCCAAAUUAACGGCUACUUGGUCUAAUGCUCUUUUAUAUUACAAAAGAGCUCAUACUUUAAGACCAAAUGAUCCUAUUUUCUUGGCAUCUUUAACUCAAGCUAAUACACAUGUAUGUUACUGGAAGGAUCGUGGUGGAAUAGGUUAUCAUUCAGUUGAUAGUAACGGUAAUUUAAAUCGUUUCUCAACUGUUCAAAAAUCAGGUCAGAUGGCUUUGGUUGCAGAUAUUGUUGAAAAAGCUAUUAAUGAUGGUGCUAAAUUUGGAAAAGGAAUAAUCGAAAAAUCUGGUGGUAUUUUAACUCUUUUAACAAAUUUAUGUUCCAAUUUAAGGGAUGAUGAUAAAUCGGUUAAAUUUUUCAAAGCUAAAGCUGCAAAAUGGAGAAAUCAAACGUUGAAUUUAAAAAAUGAAGGUGGUUGGGUUUUACGUGUGAUUCAUCAUAUAAUGCGUCGAAUUCAACAUAAAUGGUACGUGGACUCAUAUGGUGAUAUAACCCAGAGUCCACAUGCUCUACCACCGAUUAAUGUAACCCCAAAGCUUCGUUCAAAAUACCAACGCCCAUUGGUUCCCUCAGGAUUAGAACAACCAGUGGCUACGCCUAUACAGCCAUUUUAUACAUUCAUAUAUGAUUUAGAUCCAAGACAAGUUCGUAUAAUAUGUCAUAGGACCGCUUUAAACAUUGCUUAUGAGGGUUGCACGGCUUCUUGGUUGGAUACAUGUGUUUUCCCUCCUCCACCACCACCAUCACCUAGGUUGAGAGUUGGUUACGUUUCAUCCGAUUUCAAAGAUCAUCCUUUAGCUCAUUUAAUGCAAUCUGUAUUUGGAAUGCAUGAUCGUAACAUAAUAGAAGUUUAUUGUUAUUCACUUUCACCAAAUGAUGGUUCUUCAUAUCGAGUAAAAAUUGAAAAAGGAGCUGACAAGUUUUAUGAUUGUCACGCUUGGACCACUGAAUCUAUUGUCAAACAAAUAGUUCACGACAAUAUACAUAUUCUUGUCAAUCUCAAUGGCUAUACAGCUGGUGAUAGAAAUCUUAUUUUUGCCGCUCGUCCGGCCCCGAUCCAAGUAACACACAUGGGGUUUGCAAGCUCAUUAGUUGAUGAACAUGUAUGUCCGGAAUCCCAGACCAGCGACUUUCAAUUUUGGAAUAAAAGUCGUGAUAAUGAUGGUGAUUUAUUGGGUGAAGUAGAUCCUGAAGAAGAUGAUAAAAAUUGGACAUAUCCAGAAAAGAUAAUUUAUAUGCCGACUACUUACUUUAUUAAUGAUCAUAAACAAGGAUUCUAUGAUGAUAAUAUUUCUAAAGGAUUUUAUGAUGAGAACAUUCCUGGAUGUAUACUUGCAAAAAAUCAUAUAUUAAGAUGGUUUUUUGAGGAGGAUCGUCGUUGGGAUAUGCGUAAACAACUUUUUCCAAACUUAACUGAUGAUUGGGUUAUAUUUGCCAAUUUUAAUCAAUUGUAUAAGAUUGACCCAGCAAUCUUUAAAUUAUGGUUACGAAUUUUGGAAAGAGUACCGAAGUCUAUCUUGUGGAUAUUAAACUUUCCAGAAGAGGGCGCAAAGAAUCUUUUAGAAACUGCAAAGCAAUGGGCAGGUCCAAAUAUUGCAAGUCAUAUAUAUUUCACGGAUGUAGCGGAUAAAAAACAACACGUUAUAAGAGGAAGAAUAGCUGAUUUGAUUCUUGAUACACCUCAAGUGAAUGCGCACACAACAGCAUGCGAUAUACUCUGGUCUGGAACACCAAUGAUUACACUUUCAGGACCUGAACACAAGAUGUGUUCUAGAGUGGCUUCUUCUAUAUGUAAUGCGACAGGAUUUGGUGAUAAAAUGGUAGUGCCUGAUUAUCAGGCGUAUGAAGACAAGGCAGUGGAAUACGCAAAUUCGGUGGUAUAUAAAUAUUGGUUUGGAUGUUUAUUACCGGGAGCACAACAACGUCUUCAUCGAAAUGGUUUUGGUGAAUUGAUUGAAUUGAGAAAAAAUAUAUACUUAAACCGAGAAAACAUUCGUCUUUUUGAUACACAACAAGCUGUUAAAGAGCUUGAAAAGGGAUAUGUUGAUGCGUGGGUUCGUUGGGUUAAUGAUAACGAACGCAACAUUCAUAUAAAGAUAUGA